CGACUGAAGAAAGACCCUUGAGGGGUGAAGCAACACAGAGCUUGGUAGCCACAGUCUGAGGAGGCUCUCCAAUAGGAAGGAGUGCGCUCUGGCAUCAGGGAACAAUCAGCUUGAUGUUGUGCAAUCGUACAGCCGGAAUGCCUCGCGGAGACUUCAACGUCUACUUUGCCAGCGGGCGGAGGGGAUACAUCAGAGCUGAGGAGGCAGUAGGCAUAGCCCUUCUGGUUAUUGUCCUGGCUGGCCUCUUCAUCCUCGGUUGCUGGUACCUCAAGAAGAGGAAUGGCUACAAAAUAAUCAGAAACACCGGCUCAGGAUCAGCAGGUUUUACAGCAGGCCAGUACUCCGAGGCAGGGACUUCAGCAGACAAUAAAAUGGCUCUUACCGACUUUGGCAGCUUCCGAUCUGUGGUCCCUAAUGCUCCUCCAGCCUAUGAGAAGAUUUCUUCAGGACCGCUGCCGCCUCCGUAUUCCCCCUAAGAGAGAAAGACUUCCGACAUCCACAGCAAACCCGGAAAAUGGACCAGACUCAGAACUUGAUAUGUCAGACGAAAGCAUCAUGUGUCACUGUCGGCGUGCUUCGCAGAUUAAUAGCAUCAAAAUAUAAAGUAAAUACCUUGUUUUUCUUGCUUUGUAAAA